UUUAAAUUUUGUGCAAAAAAGAAUGUUUUGGCUUGGGGCUUAUCUGCAAUACAACAAUUUCCGAAAGAAAAUUACGAGAUAGAUUUUGAAUCACAAUUUUAUACACACGUGACACGAGAUCGGUUGAAGAGGCCAUGACCACACCUCUACCGCCGACCGCCAUGAACAACGUUGCAGGCGCCGCUUCCACUAAUCUCAAGACUGUGCUAAUUACAGGGGUCAGCCGCGGCCUCGGUAAAGCCCUAGCACUUGAAUUGGCCAGUCGCGGCCACACCGUAAUCGGCUGCUCCCGCUCGCCGGAAAAACUCUCAGCUCUCCAAACCGAGCUCGCCUCCGCCUCCGACGGCCGGAGCAACGCUGACAAGCAUAUAUUCAUGAAUGUUGACAUGUUAGAGGUCUAAUCGUAGUGUUGAGGAGUUGGCGCGUGCUGUGGUGGAGAAGAAGGCUAUUCCUGAUAUCAUUGGUAUGAUGGGGCAUUAACGAUUUUGUUUGUUUUUGUUGUUUCAGAUAGUUAUUUUGUGGAAUUGGUUAUCUAGUUAUGAUAUUUUUUCUUCGCUACAAACUAGCCUAGUUUGUUUGUGGAUGAGUUUCUUAUAAUCUCCUUUUUUAUUUUAUGUAAUGUAGGCUGAAUACUAUCAUGGCAUUUUGUAUAAUGCUAUUGAAAUGUCAUGUUUUGUUAUACUAAAA